GAAUCUUUGCCUGGAGAAAUGUCCGUCUCAUUAGUUGUACUAUUUUUGUCAGUGACUUAAAUAAUUGGUAUAAUAACAACAUAUUUAAUUGGUAUCUUGGUUGAACAAGUUCAAACAUGUUUGCAACAUGUUUUUUAGUUGGGCAUAUUUAUAGUCAGCCCUUUGCCUUUUACGUUUAGGUCCAUAGCCUCCCGUGUCAUUGGUGAAUGACCGAAGAUGUCGCAUAGUAGGUUGUUUGCCCGGCUGCUCUGUAAGUAUAACAACAUAUAUGUGUUUUCCUAAACAUUCUUUAAAUUGUUUAGUUUCAGAUAAAUUAAGCGCUUCACGGAGCACGUUUUGCACGGAAUUUGGGGUUUCUUGCUCACAGGAUAGCCAUGACAAGCAGCGCUCGUGCCUCUAUAUUGGCUAACUGUUUUAGCAUGCUGAUAGCGCAUCAAUUUAUAGGCCACAGUCCGAACUACUGAAGUUUGACCGUGCUUGUCCUUUAGGCUGUAUAUUUAGCAUGUCAAUUCUAUAAAUGAGAUUAGGACAUGUAGUUAUCUAUACUAUAACGUAACUGUCAUGUAGCUAGUUGUUUUGGUAGCUGGCACUUGGUAAGCUAAUGCUACCUAACGUUACUCCCCCAUUGUAUUUUAGGUUGCAAACAACAAGUAAAGCUUUCAAUUUGUGAUUUUUAUCUCUUUAUAUGGAAGGAGCUACAGGCUGUUAUGUUGGUUGCAGUGUUGGGGGAAACUACUAGUACUCUGAAAAGAGUUUAACAAGCUACCAAUUACUUCACACUGAAAGAAGCCUACCUAGUGUACCUUAACUUAAGAAAUUGUUUACUUAACUAAAGUUACAUUGAAAAAGUUGUUCACUACAGUACAUCCAAACUACAAAUUGCAAGAACAGAUCACUUUGGGAUGAUAUGUUAACAGAAUGUGUUUUAGCCAGUUAAACACAAACAAUGUUUUAAAGUGAGAAUUGGGUAGAUCUGAUGCCGAAAAAGAAAGGAAAUUAUUGCCCACCCAUUUUCUUUUCGUUUUGCAAAAAAAGUACUGAAGUUCUAGUAGUUAGCUACACUGCCACAUGGCAAAAAAGUAAUUAACUAAUGACAACACUACCUAGAUUUGAAUUUAGUUCAACUGCCGCCAAGAUACUGCAACAUUUAGUUAAAUUACUAGUUGAACUACAUGUAGUUCACUACUCCCCAACACUGGUUGGUUGGUAUGAAAUGACUUUAAAGUCACCCAUCCAUUCUGUCCCUUCUCUUUACGCCAUUGUUUUUAGCAUUCCAUUGCUCUACACCAGCAAUGGGCUAAUGUGAUGCUCCAUUAGCCGUUACAGAAUAGGUAAGUUCAUGUUUGGCGUAGCACAGAAUUUUCGACCAACCUUGGCGAUACAUGUUUGGCCGAAUCGAGAACGAAGAUGGUAUCUUUAAGGUUGGUUUCAAAUUCUGUGCUACACCAAACAGUACCUAUCCUGUAACAGCUAAUGUAGCAUCACGUUAGCCUGUUACAAUCUGCUAGCUACACAUUGACAAGCUCAUUGAAAAAGCAUAGGUCAAAAGCUCAUAGGGUUCUUGGCCAAUUCUGUGGACCAGCUGCCCCUGAGCAGAAGCCUGAUGAUAACCUUAUCAAUCAUUUACAUUUUAGUCAUUUAGCAGACGCUCUUAUCCAGAGCGACUUAGUUAGUGAGUGCAUACAUUCUUUUUUAUUUAUUUUUCAUACUGGCCCCCUGUGGGAAUCGAACCCACAACCCUGGCGUUGCAAACGCCAUGCUCUACCAACUGAGCUACAUCCCUGCCGGCCAUUCCCUCCCCUACCCUGGACGAAUUGUGCGCCGCCCCAUGGGUCUCCCAGUCACGGCUGGCUACGACAGAGCCUGGAUUCGAACCAGGAUCUCUAGUGGCACAGUGCCUUAGACCACUGCGCCACUCGGGAGGCCAAGUCAGUAGCCUAUCAGUGCCUGUCAAUGUUAUUUUAUUGAUUUUCUGCUGCAGUUUAGUUCAAUGCUCAAAGUCAACAAAACAACAACAAAACAAAUGGAGGACAAACGACAACAUGAAGUGUUAACCGUUAGCGAGCAAACUAACGUUACAUGCGACCAUGUUGUUGCCCUCUGUUCAAGCAAGCCUUCAUGGCCAAAUAGCAGAAUUUCCAAAUGUGUGCAAUUUCAGAAUCUCACAAAUUUCUGUAGAUUACACAUUCAUGGUCAUUUGUUUCAUUUCCCUUAUUUAUAACCUGCCUUUUGUGAAAUAAUAAUCUCACCAUGACUGCCAUACAGAACUGCACAGACUAAUGCCAUUCAUAGACUUAUCUUCCUUUCAAUAUCAAUCAUGAGAGAAAAAGCACAAUGGGCAGCAAAAAUACAUUAUCCAAGCAUAGUGGCCUACAUAGUGUAUGUGUGUUUGACUACUGACAGUUGCUACUGUGUACUGUAGGUUUUGGAACAUAGACUCUGGGCCUACCUUCAGGUCUGUUUUAAUUGGAUUUAUAGCAAUCAGAGGCACAUCAUGUGACAUAACAGCUCAGGCAACAACGCUGGACUAUGUCUCCUAGAUGGCAAUCCUUCUCCCCUUUCCAUCAUGAUGUGAAAGUGCAUUUUGACAAGUGUUUUUUGGUAUUAUCACUUGUCUGUGUGGUCUCACUUUCCUCUCCUUCUGUCUCCAUUUGCAGUGCAGCAAAAUGGGGUAAGGAACUGUUAUACUGCUUCAAGGAAGCACCUCUACAUUGACAAAGACACCAAGGUCAUUUGCCAAGGCUUCACAGGGAAGCAGGUAUGUAGGCUACACAACACCUGGCUGACACUGGCUGCUGUCUUCAUUCAACUGGGUUGUGUUCAUUAUGGCGCUCAAAGGAAAUCUUUAAAACUUUUGCAACUGAAAUUAUCGAACAUUAUUGUUUCCUAUUGGACAAGUCCAGGUAGUCCCUCCCUGUCUCAGUCCGCUUUCAUCUGUUUGGCGCCGAAUGAACACAACCCUGAUUGGGUUAUUGUGUUUUACUAUCAACAGGCAUUGUUGACGAUCAGCCUGUGCAGAGUCAAAACAGCUCAAUCAUCUUCCCAAAAUAUUCAUUGCCAAAGUUGCCAUAGGAGUAUGUAGGCCUACAGAUUUAAAAUGAACCAACUAUCUAUCCACUGGCUAAGGAUUUGAAUUUGCAAUGUGAACCUCGUUCCCCGAUAUUGUCUUAGAUAAGGAUGGAAGGCCUCUGUAAUUGUCUGUCAAAGUGGCCCAGUCGAAAGAAGAGUAUCGGCAUCAUUGUCCAACAAGCGAACAUCUCUUUCCUCUUUCACCUUGUAGGUUAAUACCCAUCCCCCCUCCUCUGCAACAACUCUUCAAUAUAGGGUUAUUAAAUAUAGUUAUUCUAAUGAACACUCAUGCUAAUUAGAAAGGGAUGAACUGUGCACUGACUUUCCUCUAUGGCUUGAUAAGCAAACCAUACUUCAAAUUCAUUGUCCUAUCAUUAGUGGAUGAUAGCUAGGACCGCCACCACCGGCGAAAAGAGCAAAGUGAGCAGACAGUGCAUGUUGCAUUAAAAAUGAACAGAGGAAGAAAAUAGAUGAGUCUGGUGCAGGGAAGAAAUAUUGAAAUUUAAAGAUAUCUGCAUUGGGAGGAAGAAAAGUGCUGGCUCAGUCUUUCCUUUAUCUUUCUUUACUGCUGGUAAUUAUAGUUUUAACGUUAGGGUCAUUGAAUUGGACGUUUCGUAGUUGGCCCUUGUAGCCACUUAUCUAUAGCGUUUCUAGACAGCCUCUGUAAUUAUUCACCGAGAAGGCUGCUGGAACUUGGCAGGUUGAAUAUUAAUAAUAUUACGACACAUUAUUGGACUGUGUGCCCCCUGAAAAAGUAAAGUUGGGACUGUGAGUGAUUUUUAUUGAUGACCUCAAGAAAUACAGAGACAUAAUGCCAUUGAUUAUGGUCGUUUAGUGUGCCUGGGUUGGAUUUAAACUGAUUGUAUGUGAUGCCAACCUAAGCCCCAUUUCAGUUGCAUACUAAUCCUAACUUACACUUAAGUUGAAUUUUCACUUAGUGUCCCAUUGACCUAAAUGCGUGACUAAGUGACAAUUAGACACAGUAAAAUACCUGAAAAAUCCUAUACCAAAUCUCCUCUCUGACCCCCAUUCACAUAGUCCUUGAUUUACCUGCUGUUGUACCUAGUCUUAAUAUGCUGGUGGUGUCUGUGUGCCCAUCCAUGUCAGCUUGAUUCCCAUGCCCCCUCCCUCUGCGGGCACCAGGCACCAUUCUGCCCAGUUGAUUAAUGGUGGAUGGCAGGCCUGUUCUCCUCAUUCCCAACUACCUGUCUUUAAUGAUAUCUCAAGGUUGGCGAUUGGCGCCGCGAGUGACCGGGACAACUCCCCGCUCCAUCCAUCACACACUGUCAACCGCUACCUCCCUACCCCUUCCCCUUGGCCCUAACCCUUUGAACUGAAGGAUCUCCACGACAUUGCUUCCAUCUUACAGAUCUGCAAUCAAAAAUUGAAGCGGGCUAAGGUCAAGAGAAAUGACUGGGUGAAUUGGGAUUGGGCUAGCUGACUCUUCCUCCUCUCUCCCUCUAGGGGACGUUUCACAGUCAGCAGGCGAUCGACUAUGGCUCCCGGCUAGUCGGUGGCGUAUCCCCCGGCAAGGGGGGGAGGACACAUCUCGGCGUGCCUGUCUUCAACUCUGUCAAGGAGGUUAAAUGUGUUCCACUAUUUCUUAUUCAGCCCUAAACGAGAACUGUUUCUCAACUAACUUGCCUGGUUAAGAAAUGGCUAAGUAAAUACAUACAUUGAUGAAUAGAAAGCCCUAAAUUCACCAUGUCCCUCUGUCCCAAACCUCCAGGCUAGAGAGGGCACCGGGGCCGACGCCACAGUCAUCUACGUGCCCCCUCCGUUUGCGGGUGCCGCCAUCAUCGAGGCCAUCGACGCCGGCAUGCCCCUGGUGGUGUGCAUCACAGAGGGAAUCCCACAGCAGGACAUGGUCAAGGUCAAACACAAGCUGUUGCGCCAGAACACCACCCGCCUCAUCGGCCCCAACUGCCCCGGAGUUAUUAAUGUAAGAAUACAUAUACACACACGCACUGGUAUUUAGUAUACACACACACAAGCAGAUGCGCCAGGUCACUACCCGCCUCAUCGGCCGCAACUGCUCUAGAGCGAUCAACGUAAGAGGCUAGAACACACACUCUUUUGGUAUUACUUUGUGUUUUCCUAUUUUGCAGCCGGGAGAAUGCAAGAUCGGGAUCAUGCCGGGCCACAUUCACAAGAAAGGGAGGAUUGGUGAGAUAUUUUCCCCUGGCUCACUUGCAUUCAUCUCAGUGAAUCAUUGAAUAAAAUCCCCUUUUACUUGGCAGCAGUGUCAUAAUGCUGACAGACCAACAGCUUGUUCUGUGUCUGAUGGAAAGUUAACAGUAGGUUAGAGAUCCCACAAUACGUGCUUCAGUCUCCAAAACGACAUGUGUGUAGUUGAAUCGUGAGAAUGAGUCCGAGAGGGAGAAAGAGAGAUGAGGGAGAGAAAGUGAGAGGGAGAAAGGACCUCUGCCCAUGUGGCGAUCCAUGAUAGUCGCUCAGCGAGCGACCAAGCAGUUUAUUUUCUUCACUGUCUCGCGGCAGACAGUUUGAUAAGAUGUCAGUGCUGCAACCCUGUAGGCACUAGUCAGCAGACACAGCCAUAGCAAAUAUUUCUCCAGGUGCAGUGGAGGCUGGUGGGAGGAGCUAUAGGAGGACAGGCUCAUUGUAAUGUCUGGAAUGGAAUAAAUGGAACAGUGUCAAACAUAUGGAAACCACGUUUGACUCUGUUCCUUUUAUUCUAUUCCAGUCAUUACAAUGAGCCUGUCCUCCUAUAGCUCCUUCCACCAGCCUCCACUGGUGUAGUGAUGGAGUGACUGCUGGGGAGCUGCAUCGCUGCACAGACAUCCUAGACCACUUGCUGCUCAUUGCAAAGGCAUACAGUGUCUGCGUCCCUAAUGGCACCCUAUUCACUAUUGUCCCUGGGGCUCCAGUCAAAGGUAUUGCACUAUAUAGGGAAUAAGGUGCAAUUUGGGCCUCACCCAUACAGUAUAAAUACAGGUCCUUUCCAAUACUUAAAAAUGCAUCCUUCCUCCUUACCUCUCAAGAAGGAAGGAUGCAUGUUAAGAGAAUUGGAACUUGUCCUCAGUCUCUCCUUAUCUACAUACAGGAAAGGGAACUGUGUUGCCAGUGGUUGUGAAAUAUAGGUAUUUUUUUCCCCCAUCUUUCAGGCAUUGUCUCUAGGUCUGGAACUCUCACAUACGAAGCUGUGCACCAGACUACACAAGUUGGCCUGGGGCAGUCUCUCUGCAUCGGUACGUGGGAUUAAAUGUUAUGAUAUACAGAUACUGCAAAUGUAUAGACCAGGGAUGGGCAACUUUGAUGGGGGUGGGGGCCACAAAAACAUCUGAACUGAUCAUGAGGGGCCUCAGAGGCUUGCGGGUCUGCGUACCCGCCCAUGCAGUCAGAGCCGGCCCUAGCCUUUUGAGGGCCCUAAGGAAAAUUUCAAACAACAACAAUUUCACUAACUGAAGUUGUUUUCUCCCCUCUUGACAGCAGAGAGAACAAUCUGAAGUUUUAGAGUAAUUUCAUGCAAUUCUACACUUUGCCAUGGGGCAGAGAGAAGAUUUUUCUGCGGGCCUACAAAAAGGGACGCCAGUUGCACAUCCCUGGUAUAGACAAUAUACACUGUGUGUACAAAACAUUAGGAAUACCUGCUCUUUCCAUGACAUAGACUGAACCAGGUUGAAUCCAGGUGAAAGCUAUGAUCCCUUAUUGAUGUCACUUGAUAAAUCCACUUCAAUCAGUGUAGAUGGGGAUGAGACAGGUUAAGGAAGGAUUUUUAAGCCUUGAGACAAUUGAGACAUGGAUUGUGUAUGUGUAUUAUUCAGAGGGUGAAUGGGCAAGACAAAAUAUUGAAGUGCCUUUGAAUGGGGUGUGGUAGUAAGUGCCAUGCACACCGGUUUGUGUCAAGAACUGCAACGCUGCUGGGUUUUUCACGCUCAACAGUUUCCCGUAUGUAUCAGGAAUGGUCCACCACCCAAAGGACAUCCAGCCAACUUGACACAACUGUGGGAGCAUUGGAGUUAACAUGGGCCAGCAUCCCUGUGGAAUGCUUUCAACACCUUGUAGCGUCCAUGCCCGAUGAAUUGAGGCUGUUCUGAGGGCGAAAGGGGGUGCAACUCUAUAUUAGGAAGGCGCUCCUAAUGUUUUGUACACUCAGUGUAGUUAUUUUUAAUGCAUACAUAACACUUUCCUAGUCACAUAUAAAACCAAUUAAAAAGAAAAAUUCUAAGUACAUUGUACUAUAUGCCUACGGUCACAUCUGACAUCCAUCUUAUGGAUAUAAGCAGCGUAACAGUGUUUUCUAAUGGUUUGUGUGGUUUUUGUUCAGGCAUCGGCGGGGACCCCUUCAACGGGACAGACUUCAUCGACUGCCUGGAGGUGUUCCUACAGGACCCCAAGACGGAGGGUAUCAUCCUGAUCGGAGAGAUCGGAGGCAACGCAGAGGAGAACGCUGCCAAUUACCUCAAACAGCACAACUCUGUAAGAGGAGACCCACACACAUUAACAUGCUACCAGACUGUUAACACUUUGUCAAUGGUCCACCAGUACUUUUGUGAAUCAUCCAGACCCUUUUGGAAAGAUGUGUGUAGUUCUGUCAGGUACUCCCUUUCAUCGCUUUGAUUCCGACGACCCCCUUAGGAGUGCACACUCAGAGCCCCCACAUCCAAAACGUGUGUGUGGACACGUUUUACUAUACUUGUGAGUACCAGAAGUCCUCACAAGAAUGGUAAACUACAGUGGGGAGAACAAGUAUUUGAUACACUGCCGAUUUUGCAGGUUUUCCUACUUACAAAGCAUGUAGAGGUCUGUAAUUUUUAUCAUAGGUACACUUCAACUGUGAGAGACGGAAUCUAAAACAAAAAUCCAGAAAAUCACAUUGUAUGAUUUUUAAGUAAUUAAUUUGCAUUUUAUUGCAUGACAUAACUAUUUGAUACAUCAGAAAAGAAGAACUUAAUAUUUGGUACAGAAACCUUUGUUUGCAAUUACAGAGAUCAUAUGUUUCCUGUAGGUCUUGACCAGGUUUGCACACACUGCAGCAGGGAUUUUGGCCCACUCCUCCAUACAGACCUUCUCCAGAUCCUUCAGGUUUCGGGGCUGUCGCUGGGCAAUACGGACCUUCAGCUCCCUCCAAAGAUUUUCUAUUGGGUUCAGGUCUGGAGACUGGCUAGGCCACUCCAGGACCUUGAGAUGCUUCUUAAGGAGCCACUCUUUAGUUGCCCUGGCUGUGUGUUUCAGGUCGUUGUCAUGCUGGAAGAGCCAGCCACGACCCAUCUUCAAUGCUCUUACUGAGGGAAGGAGGUUGUUGGCCAAGAUCUCGCGAUACAUGGCCCCAUCCAUCCUCCCCUCAAUACGGUGCAGUCGUCCUGUCCCCUUUGCAGAAAAGCAUCCCCAAAGAAUGAUGUUUCCACCUCCAUGCUUCACGGUUGGGAUGGUGUUCUUGGGGUUGUACUCAUCCUUCUUCUUCCUCCAAACACGGCGAGUGGAGUUUGACCAAAAAGCUCUAUUUUUGUCUCAUCAGACCACAUGACCUUCUCCCAUUCCUCCUCUGGAUCAUCCAGAUGGUCAUUGGCAAACUUCAGACGGGCCUGGACAUGCGCUGGCUUGAGCAGGGGGACCUUUUAAUCCAUGACAGCGUAGUGUGAUACUAAUGGUUUUCUUUGAGACUGUGGUCCCAGCUCUCUUCAGGUCAUUGACCAGGUCCUGCCGUGUAGUUCUGGGCUGAUCCCUCACCUUCCUCAUGAUCAUUGAUGCCCCACGAGGUGAGAUCUUGCAUGGAGCCCCAGACCGAGGGUGAUUGACCGUCAUCUUGAACUUCUUCCAUUUUCUAAUAAUUGCGCCAACAGUUGUUGCCUUCUCACCAAGCUGCUUGCCUAUUGUCCUGUAGCCCAUCCCAGCCUUGUGCAGGUCUACAAUUUUAUCCCUGAUGUCCUUACACAGCUCUCUGGUCUUGGCCAUUGUGGAGAGGUUGGAGUCUGUUUGAUUGAGUGUGUGGACAGGUGUCUUUUAUACAGGUAAUGAGUUCAAACAGGUGCAGUAAUGAGUGGAGAACAGGAGGGCUUCUUAAAGAAACUAACAGGUCGGUGAGAGACGGAAUUCUUACUGGUUGGUAGGUGAUCAAAUAGUUAUGUCAUGCAAUAAAAUGCAUAUUAAUUACUUUAAAAUCAUACAAUGUGUUUUUCUGGAUUUUUGUUUUAGAUUCCGUCUCUCACAGUUGAAGUGUACCUAUGAUAAAAAGUACAGACCUCUACAUGCUUUGUAAGUAGGAAAACCUGCAAAAUUGGCAGUGUAUCAAAUACUUGUUCACCCCACUGUAACUAUAAAAUUCCGAUAAAUUAGUAAAUGUUCCUGGUCCUCACUUGUAAAAAGGUUGUUUUAGGUUUAGAAUUAGGGUUUAGAGUUUGGGAAAAUAGGAUUUUGAAUGGGAAUCAAUUUUUGGUCCUCAAGUAUAGUAAGACGUACUGUGUGUGUGUGUUCCCACCUGCUAAUGGAUCUUGGGUUCUGCACAGGCUGAGGGUGUGAGCUAGAGUGCAUGUCCUUCCAGAGAGUGUUAGGGUUCAUGGUGCAGAAUACGGCACACACCUUUGACACACUCGUUCCAGGCAGGCGUUGGAGAGACUGCUCUUUGGAGCAUGGAUGGUGAAUUAUGCAAGGCUUGAAAAGUGGUUAAGUGCCUUUCAGCGACAGUUAUUGCCAAGUGGGUGUUUUGCCCUCUCUAGAUUUGUCAAGACACAGAAUUUUGAUUGAGCAAAGAGAUUUUUGUGAGGUAUAUGUGUACACACACUAUGCGGUUUGUCUGUCUGUGUCAGGUGUUCAGCAGCUGAAAAUUAAUUUGAUGUGCUUUCGGCUGUCCUAAUGCAUGCAAAUCUCUCUCCCCACCCUCUGUCUCGGGAGAACAACUCUUUGGAUGAGUUCAAAAUGGCACCCUAUUUUCUAAUAGUGCUCAACUUUUGACCAGAGCCCUAUGGGCCCAGGUCAAAAGUAGUGCACUACAUUGGGAAUAGGGUGCCAUUUGGGACGCAACCUCUCUCUCUCCCCCCCUCCCUCAUGUACAAACCGGCUCACCCAAUCAUCCAAAGUGUUGACAAACCGAGACCAAUGGCUCGCGACACCAACAUGCAUGAAAAGCCAAUUUGAGUGUGUAAGUGGCGGGUAGUUCUCUGAAAGUCGAUUGUGUGUUGAGCGUUGAACACCAGAGGCAGCAGUUUAACCAAAGCCUGAAAUUGUUUAACCUGAGCUGCUGUUUUGUCAACGCUGAGAAAUGAAAAUGCUGAAUGCAAAGCCAGCCCUAAAAUGAUGUUGCUCUCUUUAGUUUGACUCCUUGAACAAUUCCAUGCGUCAAACAUUUUUAUUUUCUAAGGUUGCAAGAUGUCGGUAGCGUUCCCAAAAUUCCCAGGUUUUCCAGAAAACUAUAAGUUAACUACAGUGAGGGAAAAAAGGAUUUGAUCCCCUGCUGAUUUUGUACGUUUGCCCACUGACAAAAAUGAUCAGUCUAUAAUUUUAAUGGUAGGUUUAUUUGAACAGUGAGAGACAGAAUAACAACAAAAAAAUCCAGAAAAACGCAUGUCAAAAAUGUUAUAAAUUGAUUUGCAUUUUAUUGAGGGAAAUAAGUAUUUGACCCCUCUGCAAAACAUGACUUAGUACUUGGUGGCAAAACCCUUGUUGGCAAUCACCGAGGUCAGACGUUUCUUGUAGUUGGCCACCAGGUUUGCACACAUCUCAGGAGGGAUUUUGUCCCACUCCUCUUUGCAGAUCUUCUCCAAGUCAUUAAGGUUUCGAGGCUGACGUUUGGCAACUCGAACCUUCAGCUCCCUCCACAGAUUUUCUAUGGGAUUAAGGUCUGGAGACUGGCUAGGCCACUCUAGGACCUUAAUGUGCUUCUUCUUGAGCCACUCCUUUGCCGUUGCCUUGGCUGUGUGUUUUGGGUCAUUGUCAUGCUGGAAUACCCAUCCACGACCCAUUUUCAAUGCCCUGGCUGAGGGAAGGAGGAUCUCACCCAACAUUUGACAGUACAUGUCCUGUCCCCUUAGCAGAAAAACACCCCCAAAGCAUAAUGUUUCCACCUCCAUGUUUGACGGUGGGGAUGGUGUUCUUGGGGUCAUAGGCAGCAUUCCUCCUCCUCCAAACACGGCGAGUUGAGUUGAUGCCAAAGAGCUCAAUUUUGGUCUCAAUUGACCACAACACUUUCACCCAGUUCUCCUCUGAAUCAUUCAGAUGUUCAUUGGCAAACUUCAGACGGGUAAGUAUACGUGCUUUCUUGAGCAGGGGGACCUUGCGGGCGCUGCAGGAUUUCAGUCCUUCACGGCGUAGUGUGUUACCUAUUGUUUUCUUGGUGACUAUGGUCCCAGCUGCCUUGAGAUCAUUGACAAGAUCCUCCCGUGUAGUUCUGGGCUGAUUCCUCACCGUUCUCAGGAUCAUUGCAACUCCACGAGGUGUGAUCUUGCAUGGAGCCCCAGGCAGAGGGAGAUUGACAGUUAUUUUGUGUUUCUUCCAUUUGCGAAUAAUCGCACCAACUGUUGUCACCUUCUCACCAAGCUGCUUGGCGAUGGUCUUGUAGCCCAUUCCAGCCUUGUGUAGGUCUACAAUCUUGUCCCUGACAUCCUUGGAGAGCUCUUUGGUCUUGGCCAUGGUGGAGAGUUUGGAAUCUGAUUGAUUGAUUGCUUCUGUGGACAGGUAUCUUUUAUACAGGUAACAAGCUGAGAUUAGGAGCACUCCCUUUAAGAGUGUGCUCCUAAUCUCAGCUCGUUACCUGUAUAAAAGACACCUGGGAGCCAGAAAUCUUUCUGAUUGAGAGGGGGUCAAAUACUUAUUUCCCUCAUUAAAAUGCAAAUACAUGUAUAACAUUUUUGACAUGCGUUUUUCUGGAUUUUUUUGUUAUUCUGUCUCUCACUGUUCAAAUAAACCUACCAUUAAAAUUAUAGACUGAUCACUUCUUUGUCAGUGGGCAAACGUACAAAAUCAGCAGGGGAUCAAAUACUUUUUUCCCUCACUGUAUGUAAGAUGUGCCAAAUAUAUUAUGUCCAGCUCAGGGCUCAAGCUAUGCAUUUGGUAACUUGCUAGCUAAGUGGCUAGAUGGCAAGAUCAAGAUUCUUGGUUACAGAGACAAUCAAUCCCCUCCUGGAUCAAGAUCCAUGUUGCCUACAAUUAUUUUGUUCAUCAAAAAUAAAUACAAAAUAUAUUUAUUUAGAAAUACACUGCUCAAAAAAAUAAAGGGAUCACUUAAACAACACAAUGUAACUCCAAGUCAAUUACACUUCUGUGAAAUCAAACUGUCCACUUAGGAAGCAACACUGAUUGACAAUAAAUGUCACAUGCUGUUGUGCAAAUGGAAUAGACAACAGGUGGAAAUUAUAGGCAAUUAGCAAGACACCCCCAAUAAAGGACUGGUUUUGCAGGUGGUGACCACAGACCACUUCUCAGUUCCUAUGCUUCCUGGCUGAUGUUUUGGUCACUUGAAUGCUGGCGGUGCUUUCAUUCUAGUGGUAGCAUGAGACGGAGUCUACAACCCACACAAGUGGCUCAGGUAGUGCAGCUCAUCCAGGAUGGCACAUCAAUGCGAGCUGUGGCAAGAAGGUUUGCUGUGUCUGUCAGCGUAGUGUCCAGAGCAUGGAGGCGCUACCAGGAGACAGGCCAGUACAUCAGGAGACGUGGAGGAGGCCGUAGGAGGGCAACAACCCAGCAGCAGGACUGCUACCUCCGCCUUUGUGCAAGGAGGAGCAGGAGGAGCACUGCCAGAGCCCUGCAAAAUGACCUCCAGCAGGCCACAAAUGUGCAUGUGUCUGCUCAAACCGUCAGAAACAGACUCCAUGAGGGUGGUAUGAGGGCCCGACGUCCACAGGUGGGAGUUGUGCUUACAGCCCAACACCGUGAAGGACGUUUGGCAUUUGCCAGAGAACACCAAGAUUGGCAAAUUCGCCACUGGCGCCCUGUGCUCUUCACAGAUGAAAGCAGGUUCACACUGAGCACGUGACAGACGUGACAGAGUUUGGAGACGCCGUGGAGAACGUUCUGCUGCCUGCAACAUCCUCCAGCAUGACCGGUUUGGCGGUGGGUCAGUCAUGGUGUGGGGUGGCAUUUCUUUGGGGGGCCGCACAGCCCUCCAUGUGCUCGCCAGAGGUAGCCUGACUGCCAUUAGGUACCGAGAUGAGAUCCUCAGACCCCUUGUGAGACCAUAUGCUGGUGCGGUUGGCCCUGGGUUCCUCCUAAUGCAAGACAAUGCUAGACCUCAUGUGGCUGGAGUGUGUCAGCAGUUCCUGCAAGAGGAAGGCAUUGAUGCUAUGGACGGGCUGCCCGUUCCCCAGACCUGAAUCCAAUUGAGCACAUCUGGGACAUCAUGUCUCGCUCCAUCCACCAACGCCACGUGGCACCACAGACUGUCCAGGUCUGGGAGGAGAUCCCUCAGGAGACCAUCCGCCACCUCAUCAGGAGCAUGCCCAGGCGUUGUAGGGAGGUCAUACAGGCACGUGGAGGCCACACACACUACUGAGCCUCAUUUUGACUUGUUUUAAGGACAUUACAUCAAAGUUGGAUCAGCCUGUAGUGUGGUUUUCCACUUUAAUUUUGAGGGUGACUCCAAAUCCAGACUUCCAUGGGUUGAUACAUUUGAUUUCCAUUGAUAAUUUUUGUGUGAUUUUGUUGUCAGCACAUUCAACUAUGUAAAGAAAAAAGUAUUUAAUAAGAUUAUUUCAUUCAUGCAGAUCUAGGAUGUGUUAUUUUAGUGUUCCCUUUAUUUUUUUGAGCAGUGUAGUAUGACGGUAUGAAAAUCUGGAUACCACCCAACCCUAACAGAUACUAACUGUAUUGUCAUUUAUUUUACUCUAAUUUGUCAUUAUAAGAUCAGCUUGGCAUAUUUUCAGACACUUAAUGGAAUCGUAUAUGAAAGUAUAAUACAAUGACACUACAGCAAAUAGGGUGCCAUUUGGGACCGAAAAGUGCAAUACAAUAUCACAUUGGUAUGCUCUAUUGGUAUGCCCUUACCAGCAUAGCUAGAUAUUUCAAAAUGAUCUCUCUUUCUCCACAGAUGAAAAACCUUCAAACCCUUCAAUCUAUUAGUUACAGCAGACGCAUCACAUCAUCCUAGUGUGCGUCCCAAAUGGUACCCUAUUUCCUAUAUAGUGUACUACAUCUGACCAAAGCCCUGGCCCUGGUCAAAAGUAGUGUGCUAGGGAGUAGAGUGCCAUUUGGGACAGAUCCCUAAUGAAUUUCAUUGCACUGGACAGAUUACAAAUGAGGGUUUGGUGUGAAAUAUGCGGAGGACAUGAUCAAUGAACGGUCAGGCAACAUUACAUGUAUUGAACUUUAUCUUCCUGGAAGAGAUGUAGUAGAUGUCGGGCGACAGGACCGUUCCUCCCCUGGCUCGCGUCCCAAAUGACACCCUAUUCACUACAUAGUGCACCACUUUUGACCAUGGCCCAUAGGACUAUAUAGGGACUAGGGUGCCAUUUGAGACGUACGCACUGUUAACGACGGCCGCGUAUUGAUUCCAUUACGGAGGACAGGACCGACAGCGGUGCUCUUGGUCUUAGAAAUUGAUUUUGAGUCAGUUGAUAUUUUGAUACAUAGACAUAAGGUAUUGUAACUUAAGCCUUAUGAAAACACAUUAUUACGGGUUGUCUUAUAAGUUGAUCAAAUCAUGACGUCAGUGAUCUUCAGGUCGGAAAGUCAGAGCUCUAGAAAGAUGCCAGAAUUUCCGAGUUGGAAUACCGUUCAAAACUAUUUUUCCCAGUUGUCUUGAACGCACGGCUGUCCGGAAGUCUGAGAUUUCAGAUUUCCCAGUUGUUUUGAACACGGCAUUAGUCUCAUCUGAGGGAGGGAGAAAGCAGCAGAGGCUCACCUAGUAUUCUUCAGCCUCUCCAUGCAUUGUAAAACUAAAGGGCUACAUAAGACCUAACACCGGUGAGCCCAGGCUUUCCAAUGAGACAGGUAGAGUAUUUGGCAGCUAACCCACCGUGAACACUAAACGUAUCCUUUAAUCCUUUUUCAUUUUAUCCUCUGACUCUUAGCCCCUGCUCUCGCUCACUUGUUCACUCUCUCUUUCGCUUUACGCAUGACGCAAAGCCCCUGUAAUUCACUAACACACACCAAUUGUCGUCUAGGAGGCCAGGGGAAGGAUUUUGAGAAAUAGUUGUGGAGUGUGUAGCACACUCCAUUCACAUCUAGUGUGUGAAUAGGGGGCCUCCUCAAUUUGUAAUUGUCUGUCGUCUUAAUCUGACAAGAUUGAGGCUCUACUCUCGAGCAUACAACAAGGCUUCCCCCUUUUGAAACAACCCCUGCCUCCUACUCCACCCCUCCUCCAGUGGGGGAAGGAACUGAAGAAGAUUUGUGGAAACAACCCUCUUCUCCUCCUCUUCUCUCUAGUUCCAUUAUUAAAGUAAUACAUCUCCACGGUUAACAAUGGAGGACAAAGGCGGUGGGAACAUUCAAAUGCUAAUUCGACUUCUCUUAUUAUCCACCGAUUUUCUCUCCGAGUGAAGAUGAAGAUUCAUUGACUAAUUACAGCCUUACAUGUUUAGGUAGAUUUAAGAGUUGAUUCACACAGGGGUGGUUCGUUUGUCAAAGCUGUGAAUUCAUUAGGAUGGAACUAGCGAGAGCUGGAACUGGAGUUUUUAGGGCCUAGCUAGAGAAACGGCUUUGGGCCUGUAUUCAUAAAGCGUCUCAGAGUAAGUAGGAGUGCUGAUCCAGUAUCAGUUUUUCCUUGUUGAUCAUAAUGAAUAAUAUGGUAUGGACAGGGACACUUUGAAUAAAGAUUCUGAAACAGAGGUGGCCAUCCCUUCUCCUGGAGAGCUACUGGGUGUUCAGGCUUUUGCGCCAGCCCUGCUUCAGCUAGUCAAGGUCCUGAAAAGCAGCUGAGUAGUACAAUCAGGUGUGGAACAAAAGCCUUGCAGGUGGGUCGGUCUUUAGGAAAAGGCAUGGCCACCCUCGUUCUAAUACAUUUAGAGGAAAAAAUGUUGGGCCACCUUACAAGCGGAAACAUUCACCUCUACUAAUUAGUAUCCUUUCUGUACCUUUUUUUCCCUUGAUUGCAGUCAUGUUCCCCUGUUCAGUGAACAUUUGCUUUCAGAGCCAUUUCUUGUUAAUACUGUACAUCGUUAGCCAGGUUUUUUUCAAACAUUUUUUUUCUUGAUUUUCUUGGCUGAUCUGCUUAAACAAGUAUCCAGUGUCUUGAAAUUAAUAGCGGUUGUCUUGCUGUACAUACCUGCCAGUUUCAGGAGGGCUCCAUUUGUAAAGCCUGUGCUGAAAUGGUAGAAGUGAAGUAAAACCAUAAGCAGGAGGACCACCUUUCCUGGCUUGUCGGACAGUUUGUUCGACACACUGUGUUACCCUCUCCCUCAGACGUGUGUUAUCGGAGAGAGGGAAAGAAAGAGGGAGCAAGAGAAAGAUGGAGAGAGAGGGAGGGAGAUCCUUAUCACAAGGCAUGUCCCCUAGAAGGAGCGUCUGAAGAGAGGCCUGGGUUGUGUUCAUUUAGCACCAAAUGGACAGAAGUGGGUAGAUACUACAGUACCUAGUCUAAUAUUAAACACUCAUUUUCACUAUCUAUUUCAAAAUGUUUUCCUUCGCGUGCCCUAAUGAACAAGCCCCACCCUUACGUCUUUCAUCCCCAAUACAAUGUUAUUCCUGAGUGUGAAAUAUUAGCUCUCUCUCCCCUCCCGCCAGCGCUGGAAGAUUAUUUCUGCUGUUGAAUUUAGCCAUCCAUCAGGACGAGCUGAGCGGACAGCGCCAGAGCUAAUCAGUGUCCGUGUGACUAAUUACCUUCUUCUGCGAGAAUGAGAUCAUAUGAAAUGGCGGGGAGGGGGCUGUGUGUGUGAGGAGGGAGUGUAUCUGCCCAUCCACGCUCAUACCCAUGCAAUUAAAUGGUCUCAUUGACUCUUUCACACACAUCUGGACAGAGCAUGUAAUAUAAUAUUGGCAUGAAUGUGAAUAUAAUUACUAUACUCAAGAUUUACUCUACGCUACCAUCUUUGUUUUAAUAAUAAAAUAAGAGGGGUCUAAGGAUGACCUAUUUAAGAGGGGCUGAUAAUAGGAAAACGUGUUGUCUUUGUUUUGGAAUGUCUAGUCUGUCAUUUGUUUGAGAAUACAGGUGUGACUGAGGCUCUCUUUCUCUUUCCCCCUCCCGCCCCAGGGAGCGAAUGCCAAGCCCGUGGUGUCCUUCAUCGCCGGGCUCACUGCCCCGCCGGGCCGUAGGAUGGGCCACGCAGGUGCCAUCAUCGCAGGGGGCAAGGGCGGUGCCAAAGAGAAGAUUGCCGCCCUACAGCAGGCGGGCGUUGUGGUCAGCAUGUCCCCCGCCCAACUGGGCAGCACCAUGUUCAAGGUGAGACUAUAGAGAUGUAUUAAAGAGCUCAUCUAUCUUUGCCAUGGCUCGAGCCCUCUAGCCAACUCUAUGGGUGAGACCAGUGGCGCGACAGACCGUACCAUUCUCCCAAAGCAGCUGGGGGAGGACGGCAAAAGGGUUACUUUAGUCGCUUUAGUCCCACAUCCCAACCUUGCCUCUUCCCUCAGAUAUACUAAAAACAAUCUCUACAUACAAAAGUAGAAAAAAAACCAUGAACUAAAUCAAGUUGACUGUAUGUUGAGUACAUUUUUUUGUUUUUUCUACUUGAGUGUAUGUUGUUGUUUUCAGUGUUUGGGUUCGUUAACAAGCAAGGUUGUGGGACUUGGGAUUGAACUUUUUAAUAUGCAAUAAACAAAAGGCAACAGCAAGGUGAAGGGGGGAAAUUAAUAAGCAUGGCUGUUGAUGCCAGGGCGGGUAACUUAGCUACGCUGCUGCUGCCUCUUUAUUUCAAUUUAUCACCGGAGGAAGCCUGUUUUAACAAGACGUAUAAAAAGUUACAGCGUGUAUUACACCCAUUCAUCAUCUUAUUCUUUCAUUACGAGCGAGCGCAGGGUGGCAAACCCCAACACACAGAUAUGGAUUUGUGCGGUGGUGGCACUGUUUUGGUUUAAUUCAUAAUCAUUGCGCGUAAUGAUGAAAAACUCUUUCCCGGCGUGUUAAUUUCCCAGCCCAUUGUGUUCAUACGUCUCUGUUAAUCUCAUUGGCGGCUGCUGUAAUUGGCGUAAUAAUACACACCAGAGCAAACAAACAAAGUAGUGCCCGCUGGGGGUAGUUUGGUUUGGUAUAACAUGCUCUGCUCUCAGUACAGUACAAUGCCUAACCCUCUAGUGUUUGUUUUUGCUUGGUCAGUGAAGCUCCCCUUCUGUCCACACCUAGAUUCAAGUAUUUGUUUUCUAUCAAAUAUUGUAACUGCGCUAGAUUUAAGCUUUCCUGUCACUGAUAGAAUAGUCCCAAAGGUGCAAACUCCACCCACCUAGCAUUCCAGGCAGACUGUCAGGCCCACAUAAACCUCCAUUCAUGUGUGCUGCGCUCUCCAUUUCUCACUCUUUCUCAUGGCCUCCCUUCACAAAAUGUCACACACAGCACUCUUCAUCCCUCCCUCUCUCCUCUCCUUCAUCUUGCUCCGCCUCUCCCCUUCUUUCUGUCUUGAGCACCUUUGACACUCUCCCUCCUGACUGUUUGUCACACACAAGGACGAUCCCUCUCGCUUCUCUUUCUCUCGCUCUCUCUCUCUCCUGUUCCUCUUACUCUGCAACACCUUUCGUUUACAGUUUCCCCUUUGCCUAAAUACACAUCUCAAGCAAGCACUAUUUCUCCCCCUCUCUCCUCUCUUUCCUUCUUCAAAUCACAUUUUAUGUCACAUGCUUACUUACGGGCCCCUCCCAACAAUGCAUUCAAAUAGAUAGAAUAAUAUAAAAAUUAUAACACGAGGAAUAAAUACACAAUGAGUAACGAUAACUUGGCUGUAUACACAAGGUACUGUACCAGUACCGAGUCGAUGUGAAGGGGUACGAGGUAAUUGAGUUAGAUAUGUACAUAUAGGUAGGGAUAAAGUGACUAGGCAACAGUAUAGGUAAUAAACAAUAGCAGGUUAAUACAGAUAGUCCGGGUAGCUAUUGGUAAUAUAUUUAACUAACUAUUUAGCAGUCUUAUUGCUUGGGGGUAGAAGCUGAUCAGGGUCCUGUUGGUUCCAGACUUGGUGCAUCGGUACUGCUUGCCGUGCAGUAGCAGAGAGAACAGUUUCUAGCAUUCUCCCUUUGGACUCUGAGUGGACCUUGUGCCACCUUCCACCCUUCUCCUUCCUUUCAUCCAUCAGAGAGGGCCUGAAGCCUCGGGGCCACCAUGUCAGCCCUAACACAGCCCCGCUCAUCCCCCAGUCUCUUUCUCCUCCCCCCCUCUUCUCUCUCUUUCUAUCUGUCCCUUUCUCAGAAAGUCAAGGGCCCGACCUUGAUUGGCGCGUACAGCUACACUUAAUCUGCCCCGUGUGAGACUGAAGGGCGUCUUCCCUUAACACUCCUGAGUAUUACAUUACAGAUAACACACACCCCGCCGAGUUGCUCUAGCACUGUCAAAGUUGUGGCGUUGAGCCGAAGUAGCUGUUUUCAACCACUUGGAGGCAGUAGACUUCCAGGCAUUUUGGAAGUAAGGCAUUUUCCAAUGGGCAACAUCAUGCAUGUGUGUUGCUGCAGACCUGAUAAAUGACAUUUGCAUAAAGGAAGCUUUUUCCUCUGAAAUGGGAAAUUCUAGGACGAAGGGAAGGAGAGUAUUUGUUCUGUCAUCCUUCCUCUGCUGAUAUUUAGUAAAUGGUCUAUGUAAAUGGCGACAUCCGAUGCUUAAUGUUCUCCGUCAUCCUUUUGGUUAUGUGCUUCUUAUUUUUUCACUGUCGUAUAAUAUGACUAUGGAUCUUGAUGCGUUGGUGUGAAUAUACAUGUUUUCUGUGUUUGGACUAUUCCACACUGUAUAUGAGCCUUCCAUAGCCUUAUUCGGUUUGUAAGGUAUUUAUCUUUGCAUCCGAAAUAAUGAUUUUGAAUGUUAUUUGUCUUUUAUAAACUCUUCAAUAAUCUCUGAGAGAAAUAUAUUGUCUACAUCCCAAAUGGCAGCCAUAGGGCUCUGGUCAAAAGUAGUGCACUAUGUAGGGAAUGGGCAUGCGCACAAUUGGCCUAGCGCUGUCCAGGGUAGGGGAGGGAAUGGCCGGCAGGGAUGUAGCUCAGUUGAUAGAGCAUGGCGUUUGCAACGCCAGGGUUGUGGGUUCGAUUCCCACGGGGGACCAGUAUGAAAAAAAUAUAUAUAUAUGUAUUCACUAACUGUAAGUCGCUCUGGAUAAGAGCGUCUGCUAAAUGACUAAAAUGUAAAUGUAAAUGAAUGGGGGUGCCAUUUGGGACGAUGACAUCCCCCCCCCCCCCCCCAGGGAGAAAGGAAAGUGCCUUGUCAGGGUCUACUAACACCCCCUGUAACAGUAAACAAACUGUGUGAAUCCACAUGAAUAAAUCACCCUCUCCUCUCCUUCCCCCUUUUUCACCCUCCUCUGUUUGUUCUGUCCAUCUCUCCGCAGGAGUUUGAGAAGAGGAAGAUGUUGUAAAUGGGGAAAGGAAACACCCCUCAACAACAACCCCCCCCCCACCCCCCCACUACGCAGUGUUUUUAAGAUGUUUUUGAUUUCAGCUAUGAAUUCAUACCUUUACACAAGAGAGUAAUUAUAUCAGUAUGUCUUGAUGGUUUCUUUUAAAUAAGUGAUAACAUGCUUGUUAUAGACUUAAGUAAAAGUGUAUUUUAGAGGACAGUUAUUGCCGUCUGUUAUGGUAGCUUCUGAUGUGUCUAGCUUAGUUCGACUACAGAGGGAUGCCAUGGUUACCGAGGUGAUCUGGUGUCUGUGUUGUCUUCCUACUACUUCACUCUCCUACUGUAACCACGUAUUCCAUCAAACUGUCUGUUCUCACUGGCUAUACACCUGAAUAAGAAAAUAUUUCUCAAACACUUUUUGGGUUGUAGGCUCAUUUUUAUGUUUCUCGCUCUCUCUUUUGCGCGCACACACAGGUUGGCAUGACAGUGUGAAAGUGUUAUCACACAGUGGUAUUAUUGGGUGCAUAUGAGGUAUGGUUCUGCUAAGCUUUACAGUGUAGUAGCAUUAAAAACA